AUGGACAGGUUCUACAACCAGGAAGAUGCAAAAGAAACGAUUGAAUCUUUGAUAGCAGAGCGGAUUGCGAAGGAUAAACUGCAUCUAUCUAGGGUGAUGAAGGACAAUGGCAGGAUCAACGCUGCAUCCAUCAGGCGAGACGAGGACGCGGGAGUAUGGAGGAUCGUACGCCAGAAUGCAAACGAUGAAAGCACAAAGGAGACAGUGUUCACGAUCACCGGCGCCAUAUUUGCGAUGGACCUGCCGCCUGUGAUGAAGGAAACGAGAUCAACCAGGAUGCUGAAGGAGAAGGCUAGAUUUCUGAGUCAAUCCGUGCCUCUCAUAGGGCUAGGCAGCAAAAGAUUCGACGAAGCCGUGUCCGCGAUCAAGGAAAUACAGGUUAUGGGAGAGUGUGAGUUCAGGGACGGAGAACUAGAAGAGUGGAAACCGGUGACAGUGAAGGGAUAUGAGAUGGUGGAGCUGACGAACAGAUAUUUCAGGCCCAAAACCAGUGCAAACGAGGAGGAAGAAAUACCCAUCGGAGCCGACAUCGACCCAGCUGGCGUACUGCGCAGGAUAGCCCAACGAAAGUGGAUACACAUGGAGGACAAUGUCGUACGUUACUACAGAGGAAUGAUUGACGACGAGGGGAAAAAAAGAUACGUGACGGUGAAGCCACAAAUCUUCCCAGUAGGCAACGUUGUUGAAGCGCAAUGCUCGAUGGUAUUCAUGAGGAACAAUGAGGGCACUGCGAGGAUGAAGACUAUCUUGAGGGCAUUGGCACUAGUGAAUUGUGAUCAUUCGUCGGAAGAGCGCACUAAUCAGAUACACCCACAGAAAGCUAACGCGGACAGGAGAAAUGCAGAGAACAUGCCGGCGCCAGCGGCUACAAGAAUUAAGAGAAAAAUAGGGUUCGAGGAAGACGAUGAUGAGGACGAUUACGCGGCAACGAAGAAGGUGAACAGGGUGAUCGACAGAGACGGUGACCAUGGCAUGGCCAAUGGGAUGUAG